AUGGCAGGUUCAUCAUCUAAUAGCAAGGAUUCGGCUGGAUUUCGUGUUUCUCAGCGCCGACCGUUGGCUUGCCAAGAAUGUACACGGCGAAAAGUCAAAUGCGAUAAGAAAAUCCCAUGUUCGCGCUGCUACCGAUUAGGAUGCAGAUGCAUUCGAGAAAAGGUCCGGUUGAGCAAUGCCUCAUCAAAGCAUCGCGGGGAAAUUGAUUUUCUCAAAAACUUAACUUCUCAAUUGGAAUUGGCCGGAAAUAGUGUUAUCAAUGGUCCGGUAAAAGAUGUGAAGCGACGUAUUGCUAUGCUCGAGCAUGGCUACGAUGAAGAGGAAGCAAGUACGGAGGAACCAGUUGAAAGCCCACGAACUCCUAAUAAUGGACAAAUUCCUGCGCCGCGGCCAGCGCCAAUGGGACUGCAGCCGAGAGCUGCGGAUUUCUCGUACUCAGAGGACCCUUCAUCUUCCCAGACAGGGGGUCAAGAUGGAGCGACUCGAGAAACGGCAACUAUGGUGACUGCGCUUGAGUAUUUAGCUUGGGGCAGACAUUACGGGGCCUGCUACCCUCAUCGACAUUGUUCAUGUGGCAGCCAUCGCAGUCAAUCAGAAAUGAUAUCAAUUAAUAGCGACUCUAAUAGCAUCCAUCGACCAUUUUCUGCAAUGCUGAAGGAUGAAAGCAUCCUCCCACCACCUCCAGUAGCGAGUAAACUGGUGCAGUUCCAUAUCAACCACGUUGUGUGGCAUCAUAACUCGUUGCACUCUCCGACCUUCUUGGAGCAGUGUGAAAGUUACUGGCAAUAUGGCACAUGUGAUCAUCCGUUAUGGAUGGCCUUGUACCUGUCUGUCGUGAGCACUGCCCUGUACUCUGUGCAAAAUAGCAGAAGGUUUCAGGCUACUCUCGAUAUAGAAAUUGGCGACACUGCCGCCAGAGACCUAUUUCGAGCUAUGGUCGACGUCCUCUACUCUGAGAAUUUCAUGGAAAAUCUCUCGCUGUAUUCGGUACAGGCCAUUGUAAUUUCGACAGAAGUUGCACAUAAUUUGGGGCUCAGCGAAUUGAAUGCAACUCUAUUCAGUGCCGCCGUGCGCAUUGCGCAGUGUCUAGGGCUGCACCAGAUUGCUGAACCAGAGUCUCUGGUAAUCCAGACUACGGAGCAGUGGCAUGAAACGAUUGAAAGGGAAGUUGGAAAGCGGGUCUGGUGCCAACUCAUAAUCCAAGAUCAUUUUGCCUUUGCUUUCACAGACUCAUACAUAAUUCAUCCAUCACAAUAUUCUACCAGCCUGCCAAUGAAUUGCGAUGAUCACGAUCUUAUUCCAAAAGAAAGCAGUCUACCUACCAUCAGCUCUUACGUGAGGACUUUGGCUUCAGUGGCCGCCCUAAUGCCAGAGCUCGCCGAUGGUUUGGCGGCAUUACGGGGAAAGAAUUUGCAGGAACAAUACGAGCAUGUGAUCAGGCUCGAUCACCGUAUGCGCAAAUUGGUUGGGGAGAUUCCACCAUUCCUCCUUCGUGAGAAUCCCGGGGACGGGAUGUGGACUCCAUGGCUAGAUAUUGCUCGGCGCAGUCUCGCUAUUACAGCAGCGGAAAAGAUUAUUAUGAUCCAUCGCCCGUUUCUAUUCCAGUCUUUCCAGUCUUCACAGUAUAGCUAUACGCGAAAUACAUGCAUCUCGGCUGCAAUGACUAUUCUUCGCGAACAUGAGAAGAUUACAGAGACUGACGACAUUUCUAUUUGGACUCACUCUGCUUUCUGUGUCACCGCGGCCAUGAUCCUUUGUCUCGAGCUCAUGUAUCGUCAGCAGUACGAUGAUGAGAGGGGCCAGCUCUAUCGGGCAUUAGUAGUCGCGGCAAAAGAUCGACUUGCGGCGAGAAGAGGCGAUGUCUUGGCUCAGCGCGGUGUGACAUUGAUCGAAACUAUCCUACUUGAAGAAGCCACUGCAUUUGAUCCAAGUAUAGCAGCUGAUAUAUCCGCUGCACCCCAUGGCCGAAAGCAAUCUGGACGCGCCGUGAACUUUCACAAUGUCAUGGCAAAUUUCCUUGUGAUGAACAAUGCAGUGUUUGGCAAAGACCAUGGGAAUUACCCUGAGCAAGGAGACUUUGCUGACAGUCUCUUGGGGAUGAAUGAUGAUUUUAACCUUUGGUUCGACCAGAUUUUUGGGGUGGUUGGACCGGAAUAGAUUGGGACAUGGGGAGUUUGCCUGGUUUAGAGUUGGAAUUUAUCGCACUUGAUCUAAGAUACCAUUUCGUAUAAUAUUUGGCCUUUUAUUUACAGCAGAUUUGGCGUGGCUUUUCUUUUAGUUCAGCAAGUAAAUCUUAUCUCCGGAAGGUAGCGUCGUACAUGAUAUAUUUGAGAAUGAAUACCUGUGUUGAUCGAG